AUAUUUCCUAAAUCGCCUUUUCUAUUCAAUAUAAAUAAAGUAACAAAAUUUCAAAUGUUCUGAAGUCAACCAAAAGAAACACCAAAUAGGAGUAUACUGUAUUCAAUUAACUACUAAAACGGUUGAUUUUCCCCAUUGUUCCAAUUUCAUCUAUCAACACCAAACCCUAAAUCAAUAAUUUUUGAAGAAAGAAAAAAAUAAAGAGAAUUAUGGUUAGACAAUUCAAAUUAUCGCGCACAUUUCGAUCUAUAAAGCCCCAUUCUUCCCCCAAUUCUAAUCCUAUUCCUAACCCUAAUUCUAAAAUUAAGCCUGAGAAGCUCCAAGGAACGGAAGUAUUAUCAGAAAAAGUCGACUCUUGGUGUGUUUAUCUCAUCGCUUCUACAAAUCCCCCUUUCAAAACAUACGUUGGAGUUACCACUGAUUUCUCUCGUCGUUUAAAACAACAUAAUGGUGAGCUUAAAGGAGGAGCAAAAGCUUCCCGAGCUGGAAGACCUUGGGUUUGUGCUUGCCUUGUUCACGGAUUUAGAAACAGAAGUGGAGCUUGCGAGUUUGAAUCAAAAUGGAAAAUUAUUUCGAGGAAACUGCCUCAUAAGAAGAAUUCGGAAGGUGAGAAAGGGCUAGAGGAGAAGUGCCAGCUUCUGUUGCAACACAGGCAUGCAUCUAUGGAGAAAUUAAAGCAUUCAUUAGACUGUGGUCAUCUAUAUGUCGACUGGCGAUUAAGUCCUUGAUAAAUGUAUUUAUUACUUAUUCACUGUAUAUUGCACAAUAAAAGUUCUUUGUUCCUUGUUUUGAUUAUUGAUUUUGUUCAUUUAUCCUCUCCUCUUUACCCAUCAUUUGUUGGUAAAAAGGUGUAACAGUUGAAUUUUUUAGCGUCAAACUAAACUGAACCGAGACUUACUGAUGUUAUAAAGUUGUAUAAUGCCAUCAUACAUAUAGUCAAGCUUGGCUAACUCAAGUUCUUGUCCCUUCGUUUUCCAAUAACUGAGAUUAUCAUUAGUUAUGGAAACUAGAGUAGUCGGAGGCUCGAGCCAUACCCAAUCAAAAAAGGAUGUUAUUCCUCCUAUGCUAUGAUUUUCCAAUGGCAAAUUGUUCAUAUAAAUCUUUCGGCGUGGAAGAUUCUUUCGCUCAGACGCUUUCAUUCAUUGCUCAAUUGCCCUUAUGCGUGCCAAGUAUAUAACACUGAUCAUUUCCUGCUAAUUCUGGCCUAGGGAUCAAGACCCUUUCUUCUUCCUUCAACUUUGAUUGUUUUCUAAGAUAGGACACAUUAUGUGGAGCCAAUGGAUCUAUCAAAACAGUUGAGAAUUGAGACAACACUUCAACAGAGUGAGUUGAGACAAUGUGACAAUUACCUUUUUGAUAAAACAUUACAUACAUUAUCAUGUGUUUUCAAACUAAACAUAAGAUGUAAAUUAGCUUAGUAAUGCUGAACAAUUCUCUAGAGAGUA